GGAGUUAUUUAUUUCAAAUAGAAAGUAUGGCGGCAGCCGAUGUGUACGGAUUUACGCUGGUCGAUUUCUCUGUUCCUAGUCGUGAUGCUCCCAUGAUUCAUCCUGUGGCGGAUGCUCCGUCGCAUGCACUGUCGUAUGGAAAACCUGUUGAUGCGACCUUUUUCGAUCCGAACUGCCCAGAAGGACAGGAGAUUCUGCAGGACCCUAAAACGAGCAUUCCCGAGUUGUUCGCCAUUGUGCGUCAGUGGGUGCCGCAGAUACAGAAGAAUAUGCAGACUCUGGCAAAAGAGAUAUUGCGUAGGGGAGCUCAUGUGGAUGACAGAGACGGGUUGACUGACCAAACUCUUUUGCAUUAUGCUUGCAAAGCAGGAGCAUGUGGAGUCGGAGAUGAAACUGCUGCCAUUGCAGUCGUUCAGUCAUUAAUUACAAAGGGCGCUGAUGUCAACGCUCGUUGUCGUUGGACAAACAUGACUCCUUUACAUUAUGCUGCUUUCUUCAACUGUCCACGUCUUGUUCAUUGCUUAGCCAGUAAAGGUGCUAAACGAGGUAUGAAUGACGUUUGUGUCGAAUUUGAAAAGGGAACAGCAUUGCACAUUGCCGCUGCUGGAUUAGGAAAAGAAGUCGUAGAAUGCUUGCUUGAACUGGGCGCUGACGCCAACAUCCAAGACGAUCACAAGAGAAAGCCAUGGCAGUGCGUACCCACAGGAGAUGAUGUCCCAGCAGAUCAACAUAAGAGAGCAGCUGACAUCGUUCAUCUAUUGCAAGAAGCUAGUGAUACUAAUAAGAAGCCAAUGACAUUUGCAAAAUCUGAAGUUGGAGUGUCAAACCACGACUUUAAUCUUGGAGACAGAAUAAUAGUUGGAGGAAGUCGGUCUGGAACACUGAGGUUUUUUGGUGAAGCUGAGUUUGCUCCUGGAAAGUGGGCCGGCAUCGAGUUAGAUGAUGCUGUUGGAAAGAACGAUGGAUCGGUCCAAGGGAAGGUGUACUUCAAGUGUCCACCAAAGCAUGGUCUAUUUGCUCCAUUAUCAAGAGUUGCCAAAGCGAUGACGAGUGCACCAGUUUUACCUUACCCCACAUCACUUAGUCCACCAUUUGGAACUCCUACACAUGGAAGCAGAGUGCCACCGAUGAGAGUAGACAAGCCUCAUAGCUCAUCACCUCAAGCAGAUAGCUCAGGACAGGUGUCACCAACUUUGCCUACAGGCAGUGAUUAUUACGAUACAGAUUUAAAAGUUGGUGAUCAAGUGAUAGUAGCGGGAUCAAAGAGAGGAAUAUUACGGUUUGUUGGUCCUGCAAAGUUUGCCCCGGGAAUCUGGAUGGGCAUAGAACUGGAUCAGGCAGUUGGCAAGAACGACGGCAGUGUAGGAGGAGAGAAGUACUUUACUUGUAAACCGAAACACGGCGUGUUCGCUCCUGGAAGUCGGGUUGUAAAAGUCGCGGAUGCUGUUUCUGGUACUGGCACUUAUGGUGUGCAACCAAGAUCGACUACGCCAUCUACAUCUGCUCCAGCGACUCCAAAGAAAGAGAGUAGUAGACCAAGCAGUCGCAUGAGGCAACCGUCGAGGCAGUCGCAGAGUGGAUCAACCGGAGCUCUAGCAGAGGGAACGAAUGUGUUGGUAACGGGUGAGAUGGGCGUUCUACGCUACAUUGGACCGACACAGUUUGCGGAUGGAGUAUGGCUAGGGAUAGAAUUAAAGAAACCUGUUGGAAAGAAUGAUGGCUCUGUACAGGGAAAGCGCUACUUUACCUGCAAGCCAAACUUUGGAAUUCUCGUUCGCCCCAGUCGAGCUACUAUUCGAGGUGUUAGUUGUGCCAGGCUUCUAGCUGAAGGAACCAAUCAGUAAAGAAGCGCUCUAUUGUGUUUGAUAUUGGAAUGUCAAUUAAAAUCUUAAUUAAUUAAGUAUUGAUGACUGCACUAAAAGUAGUAACUUUGUGCUAGUAUUCAGUUGAACUUAAUGUAUAUUGAAAUGCUAGUACGUACAGUA